CCUUUGUUGUUAAGUUGCGAAAUGAGGUCAAAUUGGACUUGAACAAGGAAUUAAAGAAUAAUUAAAGAAUAAUUACAAUGGGUGCUGAGCAGAGUAGUAACAAAGGACAGGUGCUGAGUAAAUCUGGUGAAGAACCAAAAUAUGUUCAACAACAAGAGCCUCCUUAUCCUGGUCCAGCCCCAGAAUACAAAUUUAUCAACACAAAUGUUUCCAUUGGUGCUAAGUUUGCUUUUGGUGGUGGAGCUGGUCAGGAACUAGUUACCAGCAGUGUAGAUUCCUACUACCCAUUUCUAGCUUCACAAUAUGCAGAGGGUUUUAGAUUGUUGAGUUUUGUCAGGACUCCACAACAGCUUCGCGAGGGAGGUUUGUUUUGCACGUCUGUCAGUGUACCUUUUCAAGGUAUUUUAUGUCGUUAUCCGUAUCAAAACGAGGGAUGGAGAUUACAGGUGGAAAAAUCUGUUAUUCAAACACAAUUUGUAUAUAAUGGAAUCAUCAGUUGUAAUUCAGCAUCUGUAGCUGAUGCUUCAUCACUAACACAGUCUAUUAUUAAUAAUACACAAAUUGGUGGCCGUCUACUGUGUGUGGAAUUGACAGGACAAGAAAUAUCUCAAGGAUUUUCUGCAGGUUUUGCAGGACGCUCCCCAAUACAUGGCGUUGAUUUAUUUUAUGAGAUACCAACUCAUCCCAAUCCUGAAAUCUACACUUACCAAAUAGUACCAGUCAACAUAGAAAUAUACGUCAACUUCGGACGUUCAAUAACGAUUGGAUGUGACUGGGCAGGAAUAUUGGGAAACUAUCUGUCACAGGGAUGGCGACUGGUUGAAGUUUUUCUCGACAGUGGCAAGACAAAUCCCAAAUUUCUGUCAACCACCUCGGCGGUAAGCAGCAUGUGGUUCUUCGAAAAGCCGUCGUCCGCAGCACAAGACCCAAGGCCACGGUACCAGGGAACGUAUGUAGAACAUAUGGUGCCGGUUAGAGCUGGUUUUAGCGGAGCACAUUCUGAAUGUGGUUGGGAAGGCAGGGUACAAGAAAUGGGACGAAAUGGUUGGGAAUUGGCUAGUGUUCUCCAGACUCCUGAAAUUCAUUAUCAAGGUGGAUUUUCUGGUUCAUAUGAUAUAAAAUUCAUCUUGUUCUUUCAAAGACAGAUUGUUUAUCAUGGAGGGGCCGCUCCACCAAUGCCUCAAAUGCCACCCCAAGGACCCAAUCCUCCAUCUUAUGAUUCUCUCCAGGUAAAGAAUUAAGAGUUGGUAUUUCUAAAGUCCAACCUUAUGGGUUUCCUCCCACUGUUAAAGACCUCUAUGGGCAAGCGAAUUAUUGAAAUAAAAUUGAAUCAUAUAUGUUAGUCCCGAAAUGACCUGGUUUGUGUCGAGUGGACGUUACACCCCAUUUCUCUCCCCCUAACUCUUUUUCUAAAGAGAACAAAUCUAUGGAUAUGGGUCUGACAAACAUGUAGUUAUGGUUGCUCUGUUGUGGAUUUAUAACAAGGACUAAUCUUAUUAAACUCUUUCUUAAAUAUAUAUCCACGAAUAGAAGGCAAAGAAUAAAAAUAAAGAUUAUUGUUGUCGGCCUUGAUAUUUCAAAAUCUGGAAUAAGCCUACUGUUGAUUUAAACAAAUUGAUUUGAAAUUAUUUCAAUUUGCUUUAGACUCCUGUAGAUUUCAUACUGUGUCUUAGUGAUUUGAAAUUGUGAACUGCCACACUGAACCGAGGAUUAAGUUUCCUUAUUUUAAACAAGAUUGGGACAGAAUAAAUUUAACUUAAUUCUUAAAUAGAAGUUGUUACAUUUAUCAAAAUUUGUUAUUGUUUUUUUUUCAAAGAAAAUAUUAUAACUUUCACUUCUUUAUCAGAACUGCUAAUGGGGUGCUUGGGAUUUAUACACUAAACAAUAUGAGGGAGGGGUAGCACGCGCUGUAUCAUAAGAUCUGUCUUUGAGUCAUCUGGUGUGGUUUCAAUUCCCCUGUUGUACAUGACAAGGAGUAGGGUCAUCUGUCCAACCUCAUGGGUUUUCCCCGGGUCCUCCAGUUUCCUCCCACUGCUAAAGACAAAUGCGCGAAAGUGGAUUAUUGAAAUAAAAUUGAACCAUAUGUUAGUCCCAAAAUGACCUAAUCUCUCUCUCAUUUGUUGAAAGAAUAAAAAUUAUAUUAUGCGCACAUGUCACUGUCAUUUUAAUUUAUUGCUUAAACAUACAUUAUGCAAUUUCGCUAAAUCUGCCUAUUACAGGUCUUUCUUUAGGCCUGAAAUGUUAUCUAAAUUAAUAAUUAGACAUUAAUUAACUUAUCCAGACCAUAAUCAACUCUAGAUGCCUUUGCUAUCCUGUGAUAUUUAGCAGAUGGGAAUACAUUUUGUGAUGGGAUAAUUUAACGUAAAAAUGGAUAAUCAAGACUUUGUUUAUUAUCGUACCAAUGUUAGUAAUGAUGAUCGAGACUAGGCUAAAAUUGAAUCACUAUUAUCUCUGUCCAGAGUAAAGCAAUUUGACUGAAAUUUUCAGCAUAUUCUAUUUUCAUUAUCUGGUUUUUUUUUUUUAACUAUUAUAUCAAGAACUGUCAACUCUUUAUCUAAUCUUACCUAAUGUCCCUUUAAAGGUGGAAUAGCUUGUACUUCAAGUCUUGCACUGUUGAAACUAUUUUAAUAGGUAGAAGAUUAUGACUAAACUUUAACAAGAGUCUGCAAUGGCCGUGUUUCUUCUUAAAGUUUUGUGUGACAGGUUACAAUUAUUUACCUUUAGAGGAAAAUGAUAUUAUGUUGUAGGUAAAUGUAUAUUAACCACAUUUAAAAAAAAGCCUUAUUUUACAUGGUAAAUACUGUUUAUAUAUAUGUAUGUGUAAUAAUUUUAUUACUACUUUGGACCUUAAACCCCAUUUCACUUAAUUUUAUUUUAGUACUAUUGAUAUAUUAAGUUUAAUAAUUUUAUUACUAGUGAUAUAUUAUGUUUGAUAAUUGUAUUACUAGUGAUAAUUUUAUUACUGUGAUAAUAUUAUGUUUAAUAAUUUGAUAUAUUAUGUUUAAUAAUUUUAUUGUUAUUAAUUACUUUGUCUGUAUAGCCAAUACACGAAGUAUUGUUUGGGAUAGUGUACGACUCUUCUAUACACAUAUUUAAAGUGGAUGUAAACUGUUUUGUGUUCAGAUAACAAUAACAAAAGGGUGACAGUGUUUAAGGGUACCAUGGUUCCCACGUCAAAAUUCUCACUGUCGGUCAUUUUUUAUAACGCGCGAAACCUUUUCAAAUUAAAUUUAUAUUCCGUGUUUUUUUGUUUAUGGUAAGGUUUCGUGAAUUCCUUUGUCUACACCACUUUGUGUCAGUACACAUACAAUUAAAUAUUGGACUAAUAGGGCUUAUAAUAAUUAAUAUUUAAUGGAAUAUUCACCUAUAUAUUCCCUUUUGGCUAUUUAAAUAGCUUUUAUUAUCGAAAUUUCUUUCUUGGUUAAAGACAAAUGAUGAACUGGAUUGGCCGUAGAAAAAAAAAAAAAUCAUUCCAGUCACUCACACGUAUUACCACGUGCUCUAUAGAAAACACAGUGACCGUGGUAAUUUUGAGUUGUGACAUAAGAUAAAUAUAUAAUUAUCCACAUUGCACACAUUAUCCGUUUUAGACCAUCUCUUAUAACAUUACCGUCAAUACAAUUAUGACGUAAAUCCUUACCACUACUUUACCACACUGAUCCGCAGUGAAUAUUUGCUUGGCCGCGACAAUCACUGAUAAGGAUGACAUUGAUGUGGCUUAAUUAGCUAGAAAUAUUAACUUUUUUCCUGCGACAAAUUAAAUUCUAAAGCAUUUUUUGUAUAUAUUGGAAAAAUAAAUAAAGGCGUUUGACGUAUUUGUAGUUAAAAAUUAUUUCCGAUUUAGUGUAAAUGGGUAUUAAAAUGACUAAAAUGCAGCAUUCUCUCCGAAGCAGUUAUGUCUUAUGUAAACAAUGCACGCGCCAUUCAGCCAAUAAUUCACACCGCGUGCUGUGACAGCACGUGUUAAGGCAGUCAUCUAUGACAGAUAUUAUACGAGACUCGUAAUUCUCUGUGAAACAUAUUAUUAUACGAGACUCGUAAUUCUCUGUGAAACAGAUUGCUACUUUACCGCUGGCGAAACUAGCGCCCCCUUGAAUAUCGUCGUGCAUAAUCAGAGUAACCAUAAUAUGUACUACAUUUUUGCGACACGCGAAUUUCAAUAUUGCUACUUGAAUUACUGAUGUAAUUUCAAAAGAUACCGUUAUAUAAAAAAGACAGAUGUUGUUUCGACAUUAGAAACUAUUCACCUGCCCCGCCUCGUGGGUUUUCUCCGGGUGCUUCGGUUUCUUCCCACUGCUAAAGACCCCUACACUCAAGCGGAUUAUUGAACUAAAAUUGAACCAUGCGUUAGUCCCGAAACGAUCUAGUUUGUGUCAAGUGGAUGAUCUAUCUCUCUCUCUCUCUCUCUCUCUCUCUCUCUCUUAUUGAGAAAAAAUUAGUUCAUUAGAAUUAUAUUAUUAUCUUUAAGUAUUACUUUUAUAUAUUAAGAAUAAUUUGCCUGUUGUGAAAAAAUGAAGUGCAAUUGUUUUAUAGAUUUGUCAUAACAUUAAAGGUUUUAACCUUAUACAAUUGUUUAAACAUACAUUAUGCAAAAGGUAAAUCUGCCUAUUGCAGGUCUUUCUUUAGGCCUGAAAUGUUAUCUAAAUUAUUAAUUAGACAUUAAUUAACCUACCCAGACCAUAAUCAACUCUAGAUAUCUAAUCUCCCUUAUGCCUCUUUAACAGUUGGUUUGUUUCAAAUGAGUUUGAACAAUCUAUUUUUAACAGUUGAGUUUGAUGAAGCUUGUUUUGUUGAGGAAGCUUUGUGUUAAUAUUUGGCACCACACUUGUCUGUAUCACCUUUCGUGAUAAAAUUGUCUUACUAGUGUUAUAGUUUUGUUAUAUUUUAGUUUUAUAUUUUUUAAUUUCAAACUAACGAUGAGCUCAAUUUUCGAAGUUCUACAUUGUAGCUUCUUAAACAAGACAUGUACAUUUUACAGUAUGCAUAUAUAAUGUGUUAAGAAUUUCUUUUGGAGUCAUUUAAUUUAAUAUUAUGGCAAUGGCAACAAUAAAGAUUUUUAUUUUAACUUUCCAUAUUUUAAAUGAGAUUUUGACAUAAUUAAUUUUAACUUAAUUGUUAAAUGUAAAUGUGGUUGUAUAUUUUCGUCGCCUCCGUCCCUCGGUGGACGCUCUAGGGGCCAAAGUUAAUAUCCGAUUGACUUUAAAUUUAUACACAGUGUUUAAGGUCAUGAGACGAAGAAUUCUAUUGAUUUUGGGCGAUUUGUUAAAAAUAAGUUGUUAUUGUAUUUUUUUUUAAAGAAAUCAAUGAUCAUACUAUUAUUCAAAAUUACUUUACAUCCUGAUAAUAGGUCACAUAUGAAAUAAGGGAAAUCUGAGACUCUAUUGAAUGUGUUACCUGACAGAAUAUCAUUGUCAUUGAUAGAAAGUUGGUUUGAUUACAUUCUGAGACUGUAUUGAAUGUGUUACCUGUCAGAAUAUCAUUGUCAUAGAUAGAAAGUUGGUUUGAUAACAAUCUGAGACUAUUGAAUGUGUUACCUGACAGAAUAUCAUUGUCAUUGAUAGAAAGUUGGUUUGAUUACAUUCUGAGACUCUAUUGAAUGUGUUACCUGACAGAAUAUCACUGUCAUAGAUAGAAAGUUGGUUUGAUUACAAUCUGAGACUAUUGAAUGUGUUAACUGACAGAAUAUCAUUGUCAUUGAUAGAAAGUUGGUUAAAUUACAAUCUGAGACUAUUGAAUGUGUUACCUGACAGAAUAUCAUUGUCAUUGAUAGAAAAUUGGUUUGAUUACAUUCUGAGACUCUAUUGAAUGUGUUACCUGACAGAAUAUCAUUGUCAUAGAUAGAAAGUUGGUUUGAUUACACUCUGAGACUAUUGAAUGUGUUAACUGACAGAAUAUCAUUGUCAUUGAUAGAAAGUUGGUUAAAUUACAAUCUGAGACUCUAUUGAAUGUGUUACCUGACAAAAUAUCUUGAUCAUAGAUAGACAGUUGCUUUGAUUACAAUCUGAGACUGUAUUGAAUGUGUUACCUGACAGAAUAUCAUUGUCAUAGAUAGAAAGUUGGUUUGAUUACAAUCUGAGACUCUAUUGAAUGUGUUACCUGACAGAAUAUCUUGAUCAUAGAUAGAAAGUUGGUUUGAUUACAUUCUGAGACUGUAUUGAAUGUGUUACCUGACAGAAUAUCAUUGUCAUAGAUAGAAAGUUGGUUUGAUUACAAUCUGAGACUCUAUUGAAUGUGUUACCUGACAGAAUAUCUUGAUCAUAGAUAGACAGUUGGUUUGAUUACAAUCUCAAAAUAAAAAUUAUAAUCAGAUCGCUUUCUUGCCUCCAACCUCUUCUCGGGUUUCUGUUGGUUUCACUGAUUAUAUUUGCUCACUUUUAUGCCUUCGUUUUAAAUGGACUUUAUACCAAAUUUACAAUGAUUGUAUCAUAAAUGGUUGUAAUUAAAUAAGAAGUUUCUUUGAUAAUAAUUUUAAUAUGUAUCAAUAUCUGUUAAUCUGAUCUGGAAUUUAUAUUAUAUUAUUUUAAUUAUUCACUUGUUAAACUUUUCUUUUUAAAUAUACAUCUUUUGCACCUA